AUGCUGGCUGCGUUGUGUUAUGAUGGGGGCCUGGGGGCGGCCCAGAGGCUCAGGGUUACAGGCUGCUGGAAACCUGUGGGCCUUUCUUCUGUCUGUGUGGAGGGGCAUGUUGUGACCACCAUGUCGCUAGAGAUGGAGAAGACCAUCACCAAAAUCAUGUACGACUUCCAGAGGAACUCCACAUCCGACGACGACUCUGGCUGUGCUCUGGAGGAGUACGUGUGGGUGCCUCCGGGCCUCAGUCCAGAGCAGGUGCAUCAAUACUAUAACUCUUUACCGGAGGAGAAAGUCCCCUAUAUAAACAGCCCUGGAGAAAAAUACCGCAUCAAGCAACUGCUCCACCAGCUGCCGCCGCAUGACAAUGAGGUGCGCUAUUGCAGUGGUUUGGACGAGGAAGAGAAACGUGAGCUCAAAAUCUUCAGUAACCAACGGAAGAAGGACAACUUAGGCCGAGGCAACGCCCGCCCCUUCCCUCUCACCGUUAAUGGAGCGAUUUGCGAUAAGUGUGGCGGUCAGAUAAACGGCAGCGACAUCGUUGUUUUCGCUGCUCGAGCCGGUCACGGGAAGUGUUGGCAUCCCCAGUGCUUUGUGUGCGGAAUGUGCGAGGAACUACUGGUCGAUCUCAUCUACUUCCACCAGGACGGCAAGAUCUACUGCGGCAGACACCACGCCGAGAGACUCAAGCCCCGCUGCUGCGCCUGUGAUGAGGUGCCUUUGGAAAACACUGAAAGCUUUUGA